UUCUUACCGUUCUUACCCUUAGGUCGAAAGGGAACGAAAGGGAAGGUGUGUGGUGUUUGGUUAGGACAUAUUUCAUCUAAUUGAACUACUGAACCACGCACAUUAUAAGAGUCAAUCAAGGAUGAGUUAUAACCGAGGUGGCGAUGGGAAGCCACGAGGAUUUGGAUUUUCUGGGUUCCAGCUAAAACGUGAUCGGGCAAGUCAGUUGCCACCUCCUCCUUCAAGUGCAAUUAGUAAACAUGGGUACUCAACAAUGUCAGCCAUCAGCCAGAAUGCACUUGCUGCAAGUUAUGGUUUGCCAAGAAAAAGAUCCAAGACUGAGGAAGAGUAUUUUGAUGAGGAUGAUGAACACGUGACACCAACAUCAACUCUAGAGUACAUACCAGCACCAGGCAGCCCCUCAUAUCAGCCGCAGGGAGGCCAGAGUUCUGAUUCGGAGGAAGAUCCUUUGGAUGCCUUCAUGGCUGGUAUUGAACGUGAGGUUCAGAGAGAAACUGAUGCAAUUCAAGAAAAGGAAGAUAAGAAGAAAGGAAUAAGAGAUGACAUUGAGGAAGAAGACGUAGAAGAAUCAUACUACAGGUAUAUGGAAGAGAAUCCUUUGGCAGGAGUUCAGAAUGAUGAAUCAGAUCAGGAAAUAGAGUAUGAUGAAGAUGGUAAUCCUAUUGCUCCAAAGAAGAGCAAAGAAAUUGAUCCUCUGCCUCCAAUUGAUCAUUCGGAAAUAGAUUAUAUUGACUUUGAGAAGAAUUUUUACAAUGUCCAUGAAGAAAUAUCUAAUCUUACAGAGAUUCAGAUUGAUGAAUUACGUCAGAAACUUGGCAUUAAAGUGACAGGUCCACUACCACCACACCCUGUUAGCAGCUUUGCUCAUUUUGGGUUUGACGAAGCACUGAUGAAGGCAGUUCGGAAGUCUGAAUACACUCAGCCAACACCAAUUCAAGCUCAGGCUGUUCCAGCAGCCCUCAAUGGCCGAGACAUAAUUGGCAUUGCAAAGACCGGUAGUGGCAAAACAGCAGCAUUCAUUUGGCCUAUGUUGGUUCACAUAAUGGAUCAAAAGGAACUCCAACCCGGGGAUGGACCUAUAGGACUGAUUCUUGCUCCUACAAGAGAGUUGUCACUGCAAAUAUAUAAUGAAGCUAAGAGAUUUGGCAAAGUUUACAACAUUCAAGUAGUUUGUUGCUAUGGUGGUGGUUCUAAGUGGGAACAGUCGAAAGCUCUUGAAGGUGGAGCAGAAAUUGUAGUAGCCACUCCAGGACGCAUGAUUGAUCUUGUCAAGAUGAAGGCCACAAACCUUCAGCGGGUAACAUUUCUUGUACUAGAUGAGGCUGAUCGGAUGUUUGAUAUGGGCUUUGAACCCCAAGUUCGAUCUAUAUGUAAUCAUGUGAGACCUGAUCGACAGACUCUGCUGUUCAGUGCAACGUUCAAGAAGAGAAUUGAACGAUUAGCAAGAGAUAUAUUGACUGACCCUGUCAGGAUUGUUCAGGGAGAUGUUGGCGAAGCCAAUACAGAUGUGACACAGAUUGUCAAGAUGUUGUCAGUUGGAGGAGCUAAAUGGAAUUGGCUUUUGAAUAACAUUGUCCAGUUUAUGUCAUCAGGGAGUGUACUUAUAUUUGUUACAAAGAAGGCGAAUGCCGAGGAACUUGCUAACAACCUGAAACUGAAAGAGUUUGACGUACUGCUUCUUCACGGAGACAUGGAUCAAACGGAUAGGAACAAAGUUAUUACACAGUUCAAAAAGAAAGAAGUUGACAUCCUCGUGGCCACAGAUGUUGCAGCUCGUGGAUUGGACUUCCCACAUAUUAAGACAGUGGUGAACUUCGAUGUGGCAAGAGAUAUUGACACACACACACACCGGAUUGGCAGAACAGGCCGUGCCGGAGAGAAAGGUACUGCGUACACACUAGUUACUGAAAAAGAUAAAGAAUUUGCUGGGCACCUGGUGCGGAACUUAGAAGGUGCAAAUCAAGAAGUCUCCCAGAGCCUUCUAGAUCUAGCCAUGCAGAGUACAUGGUUCCGCAAAUCUCGUUUCAAAAGUGGGAAAGGAAAGAAAGUCAACAUAUCGGGACGUGGCCUAGGUUAUAAAGAGAGGCCAGGUCUGGGAUCAUCUGACAGUCAGACUAAUUCAGGCAGCGGGAUGGUUCCUAGUAGCAUAGCAGAUCUCAUACCAAAGCCAGUUCGUACCGGUCCAGGUACAGACAGGCUGUCAGCAAUGAAAGCAGCAUUUAGAAGCCAGUAUAUGAGUCAGUUCACAGCAUCCUCUGACCACACCUGGGAGCAGACACGAGAACAACCUCAGCCUGAACCUGAACCCGAACCUGAACCUCAACCACCAUUACCACCACCAACCAGUACAGUAAGGACGGAACGAAGAACCAAGAAGAGCCGCUGGGAUAACUCAUAGAAUUUCUCACUUCAUUUUGAUGGAUGGGACCUUUACAGAAACUGUUCAGUCUUCUACCAGAGGGUUUACAUUGUUUUGUAUGAUUGGAGAUUUAGGUAUGUAACAUACAUACCUAAGUAAUUAAGACUAACAUCUUUAACAAAGAAUGGGAUGUUAAUGUUUAUAGACAUUCAACAUUUUAAAAGACAGUUCUUGUUUUCUGUUCUUUAAUGUUUUGUUAGUUGCCUUGUAUCACAUAAAUGUUAUAAAAAUCUGCUGCCAGUGGUUCAGUAUGCAAGUUAUUUAUUUUUAACUUCAGUGAAGAGAUGACUUUCAUCUACAGUAAUGUAGUAAGUUGUGUAAUACAGACGUGUUGAGUUGACAUAUUCAGUCUAGAUCAGCAGUAGAAUUUUAUAUACCACCUUUCCAUUGUAAUAUUUCUGCAGUAGUUCUUUAUGUUUCGACACGAAGUUGCAGCAUUACCAUAUGACUGAUGUUGCUUCCGAACAAUUCUUGAGGGUGAAUUAUCAAGUAAAAAAGACAUCCUACAGUUAUGGAAGUUCACCUGUACCAAACACAAGAUUCCAUGGCUGAAAAAUUACUGAUUGUAGGUAGAGCUAGUGAGUUCCUUUGAUGAAGAAGAAACAGGUAUUUGUUAUAAUGAGUUUUGUUCAUUUCUGUCAAAUAAUGAGCUUACUGUAUAGGAUUUGAAGUUCUCACAGCAGUGGUUACGAAGAGUCCUAUCUUCUGGGAUAUAACACCGUGUAG